AGAGAGAGAGAGAGAGAGACCACGGAACCUGUAUGCGUUAGGAGCCUGCGUACGGCGCCAUAUUGCGCCCUGAUGCCCAUUUUGCCUUUUCUCUAGCAGAGCCAAUCUGUUUCAAAUUUCACCUUUCACCUUUCACCGCCCACAUCCCUCUCUCUCUGCCACGCCGUUAUAAAAUCUUCCGACUUCGCAUAAACAAUUAACAAUAGGAUACAGCAGUGAAAUCUCACUCUCUCUUUCUCUCUCUCCCUCUAUUUCUCUCUCUAUGUUGAGUUUUGAGUUCUGCACAUACAUACAAAUAAACAUUAAGAGCACUGAAUUUCUUUGUUGUUUUAAUCUGGGUGUGGUUGAAUUUACUUCAUGAUGAUCGAGAAAUGCAGAGAUUAAAAGUGACCUUGUAGUUAUACUUGAUUGUUGGGCAUUGAAUUUUCUUGGAUUUCUCAAGGAAUGAACUUUCUGUUGAAGGAUUCGCAGAUUUAGAGGGAAGUGAAAUAUAGUAAAAGAUGAAUACGAGAGCCGGGACAAGGCUGCAGCCCAUGAAAGGUCCAGUGAAGCCUGAAAAGGGUAAGGUCGAAAAGAUAUUGGGGAACAAGCAGAGAGAUAUCACGAAAGCUGCUAAAAAAAAUCGACAAGCCUCAAGCAGAGAGAAGAAAAUAGCACUGCAGCAAGAUGUUGAUAAACUAAAGAAGCAGCUCAGGUACGAAGAGAAUGUUCACAGAGCUUUGGAGCGAGCUUUUAACAGACCUUUGGGAGCUCUUCCUCGGCUUCCUCCUUAUCUGCCUGCAGCUACGCUAGAGCUUCUCGCAGAAGUAGCUGUUUUGGAAGAGGAAGUUGUUCGGCUUGAAGAACAGGUGGUGCAUUUUAGGCAGGACUUGUAUCAAGAAGCUGUCUACAUUUCGAGCUCGAAGAAAAAUGUGGAAAGUUUAGCAGAUUUGUAUGACCUGUCCCCAAAUGAAAGUUCCAAACCAGAAAAUGCCAAGACAAUAGCUCGAAAUUUAGGGGAAUCCACAACAUCCAUAAUCGGGCAUUUGCCAACUCUUUCCGAAGAUGGACAAGGGAAAGAUAAUCAGUUGUGUACUAAUUCGGUGAAGCAGAACAAAAGUUCCUCAAUCCAUAAAGCUCAAAGAAGCAGAACUCCAGUGAAAAGACCUCCUGUCGACAAUAAACCAGCUGAGAAGCAUUUAAACCCUCAGAAAUUGGAGGUAGAUUGUAAAGCGAGAGGCCAAGAAAACGCUGAAGCAAGAAGUGUUAGCUCUGCAGAAGAAAGGUUAUCUGGAGAUGACAACCCAAACAAGAUUUCUGAGGACAUUUUGAAAUGCUUAUCGACCAUUUUCUUACGAAUGAGCACAACAAAAAGUAGGCGUACUGCAGAGAAUUUACCUUUCUUAUCGACAUUAGUGUCCCAAGAAAAUGGUGAAGAAACUGAAUAUCGAGAUCCUUAUGGUAUGUGUUCACAAUUUGGGAAGAGAGAUAUUGGUCCAUACAAGCAUUUAUUUGCUAUAGAAGCUGGCACAAUUAAUCCAAACCGAACAUCGAACUCUUUAUUUCUACUUCAUAGGCUCAAACUUCUACUUGGGAAACUUGCCUCUGUCAACUUGCAGAAGCUCACCCAUCAAGAGAAGGUUGCGUUCUGGAUAAACAUUUACAACUCCUGCAUGAUGAAUGCAUUUCUAGAACAUGGAAUACCAGAAGGUCCUGAGAUGAUUGUUGAACUAAUGCAACAGGCAACAAUAAAUGUUGGGGGACACUUGCUAAGUGCAAUAACCAUUGAACAUUUCAUCCUCAGACUACCUUAUUACUCAAAAUAUACCUUAUCAAAAGGAGCAAAAAAUGAUGAAAUGACAGUGAGGAGCAAAUUCGGAUUAGAGUUAUCUGAACCGUUAGUCACAUUUGCACUUUCAUGUGGAAGCUGGUCCUCCCCUGCUGUGAGAGUGUACACUGCAUCUCAGGUUGAGAACGAACUGGAUGUGGCAAAAAGAGAGUAUUUGCAGGCUGCAGUUGGAACUUCAACCAGAAAGUUUGCAAUCCCAAAGUUGUUGGAUUGGUAUUUACUUGAUUUUGCAAAGGACAUGGAGUCAUUGCUCGACUGGAUCUGCCUUCAAUUACCAGGCGAAUUAGGGAAGGAAGCAAUUAGGUGCCUUGAUAGAGGUAAAAUCGAGCCUCAUUCCCAGUUUGUCCAAAUUAUGCCAUAUGAGUUCAGUUUUAGGUACCUUUUGUACACACAAUGAAUUUCCUUUUUUUUUUUUUUUUUAAACAUUAUUCUGGGGGAGUUGGUGUCUCAUUUAGUCAAAUUUUGUACACAUCCUAUAGGAUAAUAUCAAAGCUAAAUGUGUAAUUAUAUCUUGUUGUAAGUACUUUGUAAAGAAAAUCCAUUAUUCUCUCCAA